AAGCGCGAUAAGGUUUGUACCAAGGCAGGUGCCUGCACAAAUUGUGCAGCACAAUUUCAAUGUUAGUCUUUGUGAUACUUUGAACGCCUACAAUGGACGGCACUAAGGACAUCAGGCAUUACAACGAAUACCUAUCACAAGAACAUUUUUUUCUCUUCCACCUUACACUAUACGCGUCGGAGACAAUGCACUCUCUACUGCCUAUAAUAUAAUUAUAAGCACAUAAUCAUGAAGGUUGAUAUUUCCCUUCUGUGGUAUUUCUUUUUCUUUCUCUCUCUAUCAAAUAUCGGCAUAUGCGAAUAUCGUGGUUACAAUGCCGUUUCCAUUUAGAUAUAUAUGCGACCUACUCCAAGAACUUGACGACGAGUCUCACAAAGAUGAGCGUAAACAAAUUCCUACGAGGAACAUAAUCGAGGCAUGGUUUCGUGAGCACCGCUCCCGCCUCGAUGUAUUUGAGAAUGAUCCAAGCGCUAUAUUAUCCACUUUGUUGCCGGAGAGAAGGACAGACAGAGUCUACCUUAUCCAAACCGCAAGGCUUGAAACCAUAUUUGGUAAAGCCUUACUUCUUGGGGCCUCGAGGUUGCAAGAACUACGAAGAUACAGGACUCCUGGCCUUGGCGUAGAUCUUGCCGAUUGCAUUGAAGGCAUCUUGAAACGCACGCCUAAUGAUACGCAAGAUUGUAAUGAGCCCACGGUAGAAGAAGUCGAUGAUACUUUAACCUGCGUUGCAGCCGCGUGUCGAUUUAGCUCGCCUUCAGUUAGGGCUUCGCGUAGGGCUCAAGAUUCUAGAGACCAGGAUCAAUCUCUAGUUACUAUUUACAGACGACUCAGCCCACGCGAUGCGAAAUGGUUUACAAGGCUAAUAUUAAAGAACUACCAGCCGGUAGUGAUAGAUGAACGUCUCGUUUUUCGUUGCUAUAACGUUCUCUUACCCCAACUGAUGAAAGUAAGGGAUGAGUUCAUUACAGCCACUACAUUCCUACGGCAAAUCAAGCAGCCAUCUUACGCCCAAACUGCCAUUGCUAGUAUGCUAAAACCAUCUAUCGGGACAAAAGUUGGUCGGCAAACAUGGCUUAAAGGAAGAAGUAUAAAGCACUGUCUAGAUAUGGGUAGGUCUCGGGACAUGAGUUGCGAGCAAAAGAUUGAUGGAGAGUACUGUCAAAUUCACAUUGAUCUCCGCAAGCCUUAUUCCCCUAUUCAGAUAUUUUCCAAGGGUGGGAAAGAUAGCACCCAGGAUCGAAUCGGCCUUCAUCAGGCCAUUCGAGACUCAUUAAAACUGGGAACACCAGACUGCCCCUUGAAGACUGGGUGUAUUCUUGAGGGGGAAAUGGUGGUAUACAGUUCCAAGGACAACCAAAUUUUACCAUUUCAUAAAAUUCGUAAGCACGUUUCGCGCUCAGGCUCUUUUAUAGGGGUCCACUAUGAUUCUCAGCCUCAUGAUUACGAGCAUUUAAUGAUAGUGUAUUUCGAUAUUCUACUUAUCGAGGAUGAAUCAUUACUUGGAGCCAAACAAUUCGAACGAUUCAAGCGUUUAACGGACCUCGUAACUUGUCGGAAGGGUUAUGCUGAGCUAGUACCCCGUGAGAUCAUAUCCUUCGGACGGCCAUCUGCUGCGUUGAGGCUACGUGAAGCCUUUGCAAAAUGCAUAGUCAGUCGUGGCGAAGGCCUGGUCUUGAAGCCUGACGAACCAUAUUUCAACUUUAGCACAGCACAAAAGUCAUUCAGCUGCUGCAAUAUUAAACUGAAAAAGGAGUAUGUUCAAGGGUGGGGAGAUGUGGGAGAUCUUGCUGUCGUUGGCGCCUCUUAUGAUGCAGCAAAGGCAAGGGAGUAUAAGCGACCCAAUAUCAAAUGGACGCACUUCUUCAUUGGGUGCUUGGAUAACAGGGAGAAAGCUCGAGCAGGCACUGAGAAACCUCGAUUUAUAGUCACCAAUGUUGUCCUUCUUUCCGAGGCCCUUCUAGGGACAGUUAUGACUCAAUGUUUUCCAUCACCAGUCCCGUUUGAUUCAAACCAGUCUAUAAUACUGGACUUCAAGCUAGGAAAGGUAGACAAGCAGCCAGCCGAUAUAUUUUUAGAACCAUUGGUGUUCGACAUGCGUUGCUUUGCAUUCGACAAGGCACCCAAUACGACUUUCUGGAGCAUGAGAUUCCCAUUGGUCUCUAAGAUUCAUCAUGAUAGAUCAUACUUGGAUACUAUCAGUUUUAUGGAGCUACGGGAGUUAGCUUCAGAUACAACCAAAAUACCUGAGCUUGAAGAUAGUCAGGAGAUGCGCGAAUGGAUUUCGGCGUUAGAAAAGGCCGACCCAGGAGGAAUAGCUGUGGACGUCAUCAGCCAGCAGAGCCAUACGACUGGCCCAAGAGCAGCACCAAGGCCAUCUAGUAGUGGGAAUUGCCAGGGAAAGGAAGCCCAAACCACUUCGAUAGCAAACCCUUACGAAUACCUACGCUCCUGUGAACAGCCCCAACUGUCAUCUCCCGAUGCAGUAAAAAUAAACAGUAAACACCUACUGUUACCCCUGAAGCCAUUAGUCAUCGAGGAUGAGGACAACCAUACCAUAACUAAUGUUUCUCAGAAAUCCCCAGUGCAUACAGGACGUAAAAGACGGCAUGCCUCAGAUGCAGCGGUAACCACCAAAAGCCUACGGCUUUCUGCUGAUACCCCGUCUCAACAGUCACAGUCAAUGGAUAAUCUCAGUGAACUAUCAUCAAAUGCCCCAAAUACUCCAAAGAAGAGGCAGCCACUCGGCCAGAUUGACGCCAACCCAUCUUUCGGAUACCAUGUCGCAAGUACCGAAAAUGAAGCAUCAAAAGUGGCAACCCCUGGUCCCUCAUGGGCUCAACUGGCAGAAUCGCCCACCGAGUUAUCUCUCGCCAAUACCACUUCUAUAAUAACGUCUAAUUCUCCUCGAGAAACCAACUUUUCUGAGCGGUGUCUGACUCAUGGACGAUGUACUUUCGUCGGCGAGAAAUGCAUACUUGCUAACCGCUCUAUUCUAUUGCCACCUUGUAUCUCGCAGUACGCAUGGGUAACCGAAAACCUGCUAGGAGAUCACGGCAUAGAUAACUUUUUAACGGAUCCCAACACAUGGUCUCAAGAACCUACGCCUAGCUUCGCAUAUAAAUGGGACGCCUCGCUAAAGAAGACGAGAAAGUCCCGGGUGCGCAAGAUCUGUCUCGUCGAGUCGAGACGUGUGGAGGCCACAUCAUCGUUUAUUAAAAGCAUUGGGGAAGCUGGGUUGACGAAAAAGAAUGGAGAGCGCGAGUGGGUGGGGGUCUAUGAUUGGCGCAUACUAGAAGAUAUCUCGGGCUUGGAGUCUGGAACGAAUAAACUGGAAGGGAUGGAUCUGUGGAGGAAGCACUACGUGGCGAUUGCAUAGUGGGUGCAUUGGAUUGUGAAAACACUCAUCACAAAGCUAUGCGUUGUGCUUUAGUUACUGAGAGGCAUGUGAUUAGAAAAGAGCAUUGCGUCUAGGGGAGUAUCACCGAGGUACUAUGCGGCAUAGAAUGGAAUACCAUCUAGAAUAGAAAGGUAUUCCUUGGGUGCUUAGAAGCUUCAGCUAGCUACGGUAUAUCAGAUUCAACCUCCCAAAGAGGUUUCCGUGCAACCCGAGCUGGAUAGUAUUCUUAAUUAAAUGCUUUAACAUCAGGUAGGUACCUAGGUAAUGUAGGAUUGGUUAUCAGAGUAUCAUGUUAGGUGCUUAAUACGAAUU